GAGGCUCCGUCGUUCGCAUGCGCCGUAGGUAAUGUUUACUUCCUCCCGGCCUAGUGAGGAGGUGAGGUGUGAGCACGUGAGAUGUGGUGAGCCUUGUUUUUCGCCGAAGCUACCCUAACUGGUGGUUGGGGUGGACGUUAGAGGAAGAUGUGGGGCCCCGCGAUGGGGCUGCCUCCGCGCCUGGCACUGUCCGUGUUGGCUGGCUCCGGUCGCUCUUGCAUUCUGGAGUCCGGAGCCGCGACGCGGAAGGGCUGGCUAGCAAGGACCCGACGUGGCUUCUCUGAGAUCCACCCGCAGCCGUUGUGCGAUGCUGAUUUCCAUUAUUCGCCCGCGUGGGCAGCCAGGGCUCGACCCGAGCCAACGUAUCACCUAAUAAAUGAUAAAUUGGCCAAGAACAUAGCACGAGACCUUCUGGGGACGGAAAAUCCAUCCCGUCAACUUAUACUUGAGUGCAAUCCGGGUCCUGGAAUCCUGACUAAAGCAUUACUUAGAACUGGUGCCAAAGUGGUUGUCUUUGAAAGUGAAAAGAUUUUUAUUCCACAUUUGAAGUCCUUACGGAAGAAUGGGGAUGGAGAGCUGCAGGUGGUUCACUGCGACUUAUUUAGACUGGAUCCUAGAUCUCAGGAACCAGUCAGGGCAGAUUUCACUUCACAUGCAGUUUUUCAGGAUUUGGGAAUAAAACCAGUUCCUUGGUCAGCAGGUGUUCCUAUGAAAAUAUUUGCAAUCCUACCAAAUAAACAUGAAAGACGAGUACUUUGGAAGAUUCUGUUCGACCUGUAUGCCUGCGAAUCUAUAUUCAGAUAUGGACGAGUAGAACUGUAUCUGUUUGUUAGUGAAAAAGAAUUCCGGAAAGUAACAGCGACUCCUGAAAGGCCAGAUUUUUAUCACGUACUGAGUGUGCUUUGGCAGGUGGCUUGUAAAGUUAAGUUUCUGCACACGGAACCUGGGUCGUCAUUUAAUGUGUAUCCCGAAUAUGGGACCCUAGAAAAGUCAAAGCAGGGGGAGUUAUUAAAAGUAUCAAGGAAAAAAAGCCUAUAUCUUGUUCGAUUGACUCCUCGUAGGAAUUUAUUUACAGAAAACUUAAGUCCUAUGACCUAUGAAACAUUUUUCCACAUGGUAAAGCACUGCUUUGGGAAGCGCAAUGCUCCAAUAGUACAGCAUUUACGUUCACUGAGUUUACUUGAUCCUCUUAAAAUACUGAGGCAGGCAAGAAGAAGACCUUCAGAGAUAGUAGUUAAACUGCAUCCUUAUGAUUUCAAAAGACUUUUUGAAACUAUACAGUGUUCGGAGGAUUCUGUCUUUAAAUGGGUGUAUGAGGACAGCUUGGAGGACAUUGAGCUCUAGGAAAAGUCUGCAAGCCACGAGCUGGAGCUGUUUGUUUAUUUGAAAAUUAUGAGACAAAUGGAAAUGGAAUUCAAGAAGCUCACUAAGAAGAAGAAGAAGAAGAGAAACUAUCCUUGUUUGGAACAAAUGAGGCAAAUAAUUUCUUCUGAAGUUGAUACAGUAAAAUGCCCUGGAACAAACAGUGGAAGCUGUUUUAUUCAAAACUGAAUAAAUGAAAACUUGAGUUGUCAGUUUGAUCAGAUGAAAUUUGUUUUGUUUUAAAUUAUUAUUAUCUUCUGUAAUUUGGUUUAUUUUUUUAGACAGUCUUUUGGCCAAACAUCCUUAAAUAUCACACUUUUCACCAUUGUCAAUCACUUCCAUCCUCCUCCAGUUUCUAGAAAAUAAAUUGGUUUGGCCAAGCAUGGUGGUGCAAUGCCAGUUUCAGCUGUACAGUCAGUUUAAGACCAGUUUGGGCUAAGAAGUAACCCUGUCAAACAAAACAGAAUAAAACUCAUUUCAGAAGGUCACUAGUUUUUCUUUCAGUAUGUGAAGUAGAUUAUUAAUGCUAGAUAAUGUCAUUGUCUAAAUUUUAGUAUGUUUUUAACUUUUUUGGAAAUAAAAAUGUUAUAUAAUA